CAGGAUCUUAAACUAUCUACCUGAUCACCAAAGUUACACAAUGCUAUAUGUGCCGAGUCACACAAGAUCAACACCGUACUUCGUGGGUAUAUUUGCGGCGUAUGUUUACCGGUACUUGAAGCUUGAUAAACCAAAGUUUCGUUUUCCGUAUUCGAAAACUUUAAUAACGAUACUCAUUACAAUCUAUCCAUUGUUUCUAAUGACCAUCCAAGUGUUUUACAUCCACGAAUACAAUUUAUGGCUAAGCGUUUUAUAUACGUUUGUGUACCGAAUGUUGUUUGCUACUAUUGUCUCCAUGUUUAUAAUAAUAUCCGCCAUAAAUGGUUUUUUUAAAGGUUUGUGGUUACGUAUAUUUAUACCAUUAAGUAAAUUAACAUAUGGAGCUUAUUUGGGAGGGCUAUCAAUACAAUUACUACAAGUAGCAUCGAUGAGAUCACCAACAUACUUUAAUGAUAGCAUUUUGUUAUGGUUAGGAAUCGGAGAUACUGUGUUUGGAUUCAUACUUGCUUUUUUGUUGUAUACUUUAAUUGAAUCGCCAUUUGAUGUGCUAUUAAAAAAAUUGGUCAUCGUCAUCAGUCCAAAAAUAAUUUUUAAUAGUAAAACAAAGACAGAUUCUACAGUUCCCAGGAAGAUAACUCUUAGAACACUUCGGUCUAGAUAAUGAGAUGUAAUUUUAAUUACAUUAAUUAAGUCUCAAUUGAAGCCUCUCUUUCCUACCUAUAUUUUUAUUAUUUUUUCCAAAAUAAAUACUAUACUUAAUAUAUAUUAA